GUAACAACUUCUCAAUUUUCAAUAAAUCUCCUCAAGGAAUCACGGUAACAACUAUUCAAAUCACCAAGUCAGACAUAAAACCUUAAAAAUGUCUUUCAACAACAACCAAUUCUCUCCCAAUGCACCCCAAACAGCCCAAAGAGGUCCAGGCGGACCUUCCAAGGGAUCUGUACCCCCCAAGGGACAGAACCCAAUUGAACCCUCCAAUAUGGGCACUACCACUAACGAAAGAGGUCUAUCAAAAAACACAGAGACCCCUGCCCAAACAACCGCCCCCAAGGGCAAAGGCAAGGGCAAAAAGAAAAAGUGGAUCAAGGUCGACCUGAACGACAUUACCCCCUUGGCGGCUUUCUCUAUGCCUGCGCAAUCAAAAUUCACAGGCACAGGCAAAUAUAGGAAGAAGCAAGCCUUCGGUCUCCGUGUCGAAGAAGAUACCCAGGACGCAGUUUCUGGGGCUCAUAUCCAUCAAAGUCCCGAUAGGGGCGUUAACAUCGACGGAGAAUCUCUCGACGAGAUCGCCGAUCGUUUGGAGAAGCUGGAUUUGGAAAAGGUUAGUAAGCCUCUCACAGAAUUCACACUCUUCCCAAAGCUCACAGCUGAGCUACGAUUCAAGAUCUGGAACAUCGCCGCCCGUUCCUCGCCUCGCAUUCAGGAAGUCGUAUUGCAUCCAGACUUCCCACGCCCACCAGGUGGCGUCUACGAUUCUAUCGACACCUCUGAUCCCAAUGAUUUGCGCCAAUUCAAUCAUCGUACAUGGCACAUCAGUACUCCUGGGCAAAAAGUCCCGGCCAUCUUGCAGGCUACUCGAGAAUCGCGUGCGGAAGCACAACGUCUCUACGAAAAACGAUACCUCAACAAUUUUCCGGCGAACUAUCCCUACCGCCAAAACGAAGAGCGCCCAUGGACAUAUUACAACCCAUAUGUCGACAUUCUUUACUUCGGGGACAAAAUAUGCAUCGGGGUGCUUGUCAAAUUCUUCCGUCGCCAUUCCGAGGAAAUCUUUCCUCGCCUUGCGUUCCGAUGCGCAAAUUUCAUCGGUACGUGUAAGUACAAAUGUAAUUACGACACCUGGGAUUGGCGGCACGGCGAGGAUGAAGAUUCCUGCGCUUACGGAUCUGGAAUCGGAGGCGGAGGAAUCGACAUCAUGGGCGUACUUCAUGGGAAAGAUGAAGAGAUUGCCCUCAACACUCUCGUCCCUGGAGUGCCGAGUGUGGAGGAAGUCUUCUUCGUUGUGAAGACGGAGUGUAUGAAGUUUCCGGCUGGAGAGAUGCCCAGCGAUUUGACCUUCCGCCCCGCCAUACACAAUGGUCUGACCCAGAGCCAGCAGAAGAAAAGAACUGAGUUUGAGGGCGAAGUUGACCUAGCUCGGGCCGGAGAAGGCGUUUCCAGCUGUGGCGCUAACCGAUGGAAUGCCAACCCUCCGAAGUUCAGCUUCGUCUCUUUUGCUCCUCCCUUGAAAGAUGGCAAGGGGAAAAACCUCAAGCACGAUGCUAUCCAGGUGCCCACCCAGCACAUGGGUAGAUUGACGUAUCGCAACAACGAGCUUCUUACGGAUCUAGCUGUCAAGGCCAAUCUUGAGAUCGUGCCUAGUCAAAAGGCAUACGUCGGCGAGAGAAAUUGUGAGAUCGGUCUGUACAACGGUACAGAAAAAGGCAUUGAGCUAGCCAAGGAAGAGAUCCAGAAGCAAUUGCUUGUGGAUUUCAAUGCCAAUCAUCGUGGUUCAAACCACCAAGGUGGCAACGGAAGCCGCGGUGGUUCUCGUGGUCGUGAGGGAUAUGGUGGUCACCGAGGUCGUGGUCAAUAGGUCGAUCGGAUGAUGGGGGAAGGGCAUAGUGAUUUCUAAGUAGCAUAUAAUAUAACUAUCUA